AGAAGGGCGUUCACGUGGUCUAACUCUAACCCAAGAAGAAACGGACUAACAAGCGUGUGGGUUUUAUACAAGACGACGACGACUCGUAACACCUAACACUUGUCGGCUUCCACCAUCCACGAGCGUCCAAUCUUUUUUUGUUGCCGUCACAUACUUGUCUUUCCUUUUAAUUGAAUGUAUAUACAUUAUACAUUGAAGAACCAUUCACCACGAAGUAUUUAUUUUCAUGAUUUGUUUUAAAAAAUAGUUCAAAGGGAAGUAGGCUUUUCUAAUGUUUCCAUGUAGAUGUGGAUUUGAUUCAUACCGUAUCUUUGAAUUCACUUUCAUAUACUUAUACAGUAUAUGGCAUAAUUUUAUCAUUGAAUAUUUCAAAUAUCAACGCACAUAGACUGAAGAAUAUCACAAUUAGACAAGGCACUUAAUAACAAACCAUACUUGUACAAAUUUAAAACGUGUUGUUAUUCAGAAUAUAAGGAAACUUCAAUUUGGUAGUUUUCCAUGGAAUUUUCUAUGCAUUUCUUCAUAAUACGACGUCCCAAAUACUCUUUCUCUAAUCCAAUUUAAUAUGGUUUUAAUGAGUCAAAUUAAGAGUACGUUUAGUGAAUUUUUAAGUAAAAACUACUAAGCUAAUCAUAACAUAAGCCCAUAUGUGAUGAAAUGAUGUUUGUUUUGACAAUGAUAAGAAAACGAAUGUCAACGGCAAUACGAAUCAUAAAAAAAACUAUGAAAUAUUCAUCUUCCCACUAUACAAAAAAAAAACUAUAAUGACGUUAAUUAAAUAUGGAUGAGAUUAUAAUUAAUCAUAAGUAUAGUCAUCUUUACAACGACAUUGGUUCAAUUUAUCCUAACCAAAUGCUAACGUGUCAAACCUUUAUUAUAUAAAAGUGUAUUUUACUCUCUCUUUUUCUUUUGAGCAAACAUAAAAGUGUAUUUUACAUUUCUUAAAACCAAAUCUGAAAUUUCCAUUUAUUCCGGAGAUUUUCUUCUCUGUACAUCUUCUCUCUGCUCUUCUAAAGUGAAACUUGGAGUCGGAAGAAAAUAUAUACACAUAGGACUCAACGGAUCUUGUUCUUAGUUUUCUUAUAAUUAUCAGAAUCCGAAGACUCUCUCUCACAGCCAGAGUCUUUUAUAUUUUCAAAAUUUUCCGAUGAGGUGUAAGAGACAUACAGUUGACUCCAGCAGCACUAUCGGCGUCUGCGCUUCUUGUCUCCGUGAACGCCUCUUCUCUCUCGCCGCCUCUGAAGACAACGAUCAUCAUCAUCAUCAUGUCCAUUCAAGAACUUCUCCUCCUCCUCCUCCUCUGGUUUUCCCUCGCUCUGUUUCUCCUUACGCUGCUGCUAGAAACUCCAACGCCCAAGGAGGAGGAGCAGGAGAAGCCUCCGAAUCUUACGGCGGUGAAGGAUCAUCGUCAUGGGAAAAAGUCUUUGAAACCAACCGAUCGGUUAAGAAGAAACAGACCGGUUUAUCUCGGUUCUCUACCUUAUUUGGAACAGACCGGUCAUGGUUCUCCAAGGUCCUCUCCCCACGGUCGAAAACUACUACGUGUUACAUUGAGGACUUGAUCGCCUCUGAAUCAAAUCAUCACCAGCAUCAACCUAGGCAUAGCUACUGCAAAGGCAUGUCUCCAGCGAACGAGCUGGAAUCUUUUGAAGAUUCGCCGGGGAGAGCGAGAAGAACACCAGCGACGGGAACUCCGGGAAGAAGAAAGACUGCGACGACGACGAUGGGUUUGUGCUUGAGUCCGCUAGUGAGAGCUAGACCUAACUGUUCUUUUGGAUAUACCGGUUAUCCAAAAUCUCCGGUUAAGCAACACAUUUCAACGGCGACGUCUUUUAGCGCGAACCGGUCUAAGAAGCUGGCCGAUUUAGGUAGAGCUGAUAACCGCCGUUGACUUUUUUGUUUCUUUCUUUAUUUGGUUAUAAUUUGACCGUUCUAUACGAAAUUACCUAAAAUGUCACUCACAAUAUUCAACGUAAGUUAUAUGGUGGCUUUACUAUAGCAGCA